UCGCUAUUGUCACUUAUAGCCUCUUUUCCGUCACUUAUAGCAUCUGUUUACAUAUUUUUGUCACUUAUAGCAUCGUUUGUUUAGAUGCUACAAGAAGCACAACAGAUGCUAUAAGUGACGAAAAAGAUGCUAUAAGUGACAAACUCUUGUAGCAUCGGUCAAAAUAUAAACACGAGUCGUGUUUAGCGCGCAAUUUCGAACUUUGUUAGGUUGGCACGUCAGCGGCGAGGGCGGAGCCAGUGUUUGGUUACGCCGACCGUUCACCGGCCGCCAAAACCGGUAAAAUCGUGAUUUUCAGUCCGCUUUGUGAAGUGAGCAGCGGCCAUAUUGGAUUUGUCGCAUGUGCACUCCGCGUGGCUUGUUAUCACAGACAACAUAUUUCGCAUAUCCAACGAAAAUUCCAAGAAAAGGUGCCACAAUCGAAGACGAAAUGGUUGAAAUUCCUCCCACGUUCAACUGGGACCUUGUGGUGGGUGGACUCCCUCCAGGUCGAGAGAAAAACGAGCGGAACCGGAGGAGGUGUGCCAAUGAGCAUCUUGAAGGCUUUGAUAAGGAUCAAAAAGGUUGCUUCUCAGCCAGGCAUGUUGGUGUCAUUCCGGUGGCUUCCUUCAAAUUUGCAUUGCCUGAGCAUCAAGAAGGCUAUCUUGAGACUAACAGCCGCUGCCGAGAAAGGCAGUGGCAAUACCACAUUCUUGACCGGACUGAAAGAACAACACAUGAAGGGCGGCUCUUGUUCGUGAGUCGUCGAAGUGUGGCCUUGUAUGAUGUUCCGCCCAUCCCCGAUAGCUUCAUGCAAGCGGAAUCUGACAUCAGCACCACUUACGACAUGGAAAGCCACAUGACCCUGCUUGGCAUGGAAAACUGGCUAUUGGACAUGGACCGUAAGAUGACAAUGCCAAGAAUUCUUGCCUGUAUAUACCUGGACUUGGCAAAGAAAGUGACACUUCUGGAAGGUGCGUCUGGGAUGGCCCUGAUGUCCUGUACGAACCCUGGACAUGGCGCGGACAGAGCCACGUGGACGGCUAGCCUGGACUACCCGCUCUCACCAGAACGCAACUUGUGCCUGGAGUCGACCGUUGGAGAGUGGUGCAUGGUCCGCUUGGUUAAAGGUCGUCGGAAAUUAGGCAAGCUUCUCGUCUCACGUCAUGACAGUGGAACAGUGACGCUCAUGGAAGGAGACGGUUGCGAGCUGAAGCACCGAGAGAUGCUGCUGGCAAUGAGAGGGCAACCGGUUGAGCUGGAUUUUCAAGCGACGUUGGUGGCUUUCAAGCUCAAGGUUACCGGUACCAUUGAUGCCCUAUCAGCUCUCAAGGACUAUUUCGUCGGCGGUGGCCUUCAAACUGCACCACGUGGACUACCUCUUGUUUCGGACGACCACCUGGAGAGGCUUGCCAAAGGGGAAGGUUAUUACAACGGACUGCUGAAUUGUGACCAGAGAAGGGCCGUGUACGAAAUCCUCGAGCAUGCCCGGCCACACACCAUUUACUUGUUGGUGGGACCUCCUGGUACAGGAAAAACUGCCACCCUGGAUGAGGUUGUGGUCCAGGUUGCCAGGCAUCACCAAGAGAGAAGCGGACUCGAUGCAUUGGUAUUUUUUGUGGUACCCACCAACGUGGCAGUCCGAUCAACAACUGAGAGGCUGGUGCGUGCUGGGCUGGACGAGGACAUGAUCGUGCGUCUGCUCUCCGAGCAAGACUACCUGAGGAGGAAUGAUGCCCUAAGCGGAAUGUCCCAGCGUGCCACGAGGAUGAUGUAUCGGAGCACAACCAGUGUUGUAGUUGGCACACCAAUCUCAGUGGCCAGGAUUUGCAUGUCGCUCGGGGAGAGGAAUCGACCGCCGCUCAUGCUGCUGCUCGACGAAGCAGGAUAUAUGCCGGCUAGUGACGCGUUCGCAGCCAUGACGUGUAACGGUGAGGCGGUGCAGACUGUAGCAGCAGGAGACCGCUUGCAGCUCAGACCCCGGUCAUCCAGCAAAAUCGCUGAGCUGCUAGAUGGUCAAUAUAGUUUCUUCGACAUGCUGGCGGACAGUGACUACUUCCAGGAUGACGGUAUCGUGCCGAAGGUGGGAUUGGGUGUUUCGCUGACCGUGAACUAUCGGGCGCACCCACGGUUGGUCAGAGGAGUGUCUGCACUUUUCUAUCACGGAUUGAUGACUCCUGCUCGGGACUUGAUCGUUGGAGACGAGACAUUGCGUCUGCGGCACGAACUGAGAGAAGUAGGACUGGACGUUGAUGCCAACCCUCUCUACUGGGUGGACCAUACAAGCCUGAUGGAGCGCGACUUCCUGACGUCGUCGCUGUACAAUGUUGGAGAAGCUGAAGUGGUUGUCCGACUCGUCGAGUUCCUCACCUCGGUCAUCCCGCACAGACUCAUCACGGUCCUAUCACCGUACAGGAAGCAGGUGCUGCUGCUCAGGGAGAUGCUGCCUCCCACCGUCCCUACGUACACAGUGGACGAGAUUAUCGGACAAGAGCGUCCGGUAGUCAUCGUCUCACUGGUACGUAGCGACCUAAGUGAUACCGGAGUGCAGUCACACGGCCUUGGAUUCUUGAGGGAGCCGAACCGUGUUAAUGUGAUGGUGUCUAGGGCGAAGGAGCUGGCCAUCCUCGUUGGAUCAAGAGCCCAUUUCGCCAAGAGCAGAGUCAGCUUUUGGGAGACUUUGACGACCAGGGCAACUGGAAUCCAACCUGAUUUUUGAUUUCGCGUUUGGACAGUCCGUUGUGUGUUUGUUGUGAUUUUUUAAUGUCGUUUUCAACUCUGACCAUUUGAUUUACUUUUUAAUAAAUUAACGAUUUGUACUAGAUUAAAAGACGUGAAAUA